GUUAGCUCUUAUCUCGUAGAUAUGUGUGACGGUUAUCGGUUGGCUUAAAGUCAUAAACAUAAGACUCGGUUAAUUGGAGACAGUUCGCAUCAUCAGAGGUGCGAAGUUACAAACCAACGAUCAAACGUUAGUAGAGUCAGCGAUUUGUCGUAGUUGGGCAAACAUUAACAGUAGCUCAUCACUGUGUUCCUUUGUAGAAUGGCCUUAGUGAAGAUACCAGACUCAAGUGGUAAUACAGUGGUUGUUAGGAAGUUAAAAGAUGGUAGAUUGAUGCCCAAAUUUGAUCCAGAGGUUUUAGAAAAUGUGAAAAGUUUGAAGUUGAGAGAAGAUGACGUCAUCAUUUUGGCUUACCCGAAAUCAGGAACUCACUGGUUAUUCGAGAUUGCCCAGAUGCUCAAAUUGGGAACAACAGAUGUGCCUGUUGUUUCAAAAAGUGACUUUAUGAUUGAAUAUGUGAAACAAGAUAUACUGGAUGCCAAACCAUUGCCUAGAAUUCUAAACACCCAUUAUAGAUUUCACGAUCUACCUACAGAUAUACACACCAAAAAGCCCAAAAUCCUUUACAUAAGAAGAAAUCCCAAAGAUGCAUCUGUUUCGUUUUACAACCAUACCAUCAAAUUGUCCAAAUAUUAUGAAUAUUCAGGACAAUUUUCAGAUUAUCUGAGGUUAUGGGUGGAAGGAGUGGACUAUGGUUCGUGGUUUGAUUAUGUUAAAGAAUAUGAAGAAGUUUGUCAAAAUUCAGAUCUAGAUAUAUUAUCUUUAGAAUAUGAACAAUUAAAGAAGGACCUGAUCAAUGAAGUACGAAAAAUCAGCGAUUUUUUAGAAUUAGAGAGAAAUGAAGAACUAAUAAAGGAUAUAAGUGAACGAUGUACUUUUUCAAGCAUGCAUAGUCGAAAAGGGCACCUAACAGGCUUAGCAGACGGACAAUCUAUAAUGUACAGAAAAGGUGACGUGGGGGACUGGAAGAAUUGGUUUACGGUAGCAGAAAACGAAUGGUUUGAUGAAGUUUAUAAAGAAAAGAUGAAAGAUUCUAAUCUUAAAUUUGUUUAUGAGCUGAAAUAAUUUACUAAUCAAUGGACCACUAAAGACAAUUUUAAUUUUUGUAUGUGCCUUAAUAAAUAGCCUCUUCAUGCCAAAUUGUAAAAGGGAAAAGCUACCGCAUAUAUGCACAUGGAGGCAAUCAGGAAUUAUUGCAAUGCAUAAAAGAUUAAGCUGAAUGCACCAAAUCGCCUUUUUUGAAAGUUUUUCAAAAGCUAUGUAAAGUACACACUGAUCAAAGAUGGUGUUUCUACGUAAAUCCAUUGGCAACCUCGCUGCUAGCACUUUCUCGUAAAAUUUAACAGGAAAAGAAUUGCAGUGCAAUGCAAUUGACAUUUGAAUUUGUCAUUAAGAGGUAUGCUUUUUAUUUCAUAUAAAAAUUUAUAUUAUUGUUUAUAAAAUAUGCUGUUUUGAUUUUAUAAAGGAAUUUGAUGUC